AACUAAACACCAUUAUAAUUAUUUUGUUUUUCCUUAAUACCUAAAAACAGAAAUAAAACUGUGGUUCUUGAAAAAUAUCACCACAAAUUUCCUAUAGCAUAUAUUCAAGUUGUUUUUUCAUGAGCAACAUUUUCUGACUGUUUUAUUCAGCUGGACUGAGCAGCGUCUUUGGGUUGUAAAGGUUGCAGACCCCUGGACUGGACAGACCUGCCCAAACUUAAACACGAUCACCACCAAAGAUUUGUCUGGUGACAUCAGUGGCUUAAACGUGGCGCCUCUUUGACGUCUCCAACAUUGUUGACGGCUAAAAUUUCUUCUCGGCGUAAAUCAACUUUUACCAGAGAACAGAAUCGAGUUUGCUGGUCCCUCGUCCAUGACGUCUGUGUGUGGUGGUAUGGUCAGGUACCAACGAAGGUCGUCCAGUAAGCGUUACAUGCUGAUAUAAAUGGUUUCGACCGAUCUGACGUGUCUCUCAACUCCCUUAAAUGUGCUUGGAGUUGAGUGGCAUUUUUCAUCAUUCUGUUCCCCAGGGCAUUGUUCACAAAGAAGCAGCCAUCAGUGUGGGAUGUGGCCAGAGGACGUCCACUUCUGUGUGUUUCUGUGACUUUUCCGGUGUUUCUGUAACUCUGUUGUAACCUUAUGACACUCUGUGACGCCCUAAGCUCAGUAGCCACUUCCGUCUAAUUACAUCCUCCCUGAAACCCCACAAUGGCGAGGCACAGUUGAUCAUCUGCUAAGUGUCGUCUUGGUCUUGUGACAUCAAAGUGUGAUGAUGAUGAAAUUUAUUGGUUGAUUCCUGGUUAAAACACCUGCUGAGAAUUUUGUCAUUAGGCUCCGUAUUACAGAAAAGGAAGUGGUGCAAAAAGGACUGACACAUUGAACAGUUAGACAUGAGCACUCAAAGGUUUAGAGAAGAUUACAUUAAGUUUACCUGUAAAGGUUGUAGCACAUUUUGACUUCAUCUUGUAAUUUCACCCUAUCUUGUAUUAGUAAUGGAUAUCAUGCCUGUUUGAUUUAUUUUUAUGAGGGGUUGUUUAUUUCUAACCCUAUAUAAGAUUUGGUAAUGUCACAUAAUUUAUUUAUUCACUGUGAGAUUAAGUCAUACAAUUAUCCUGCAUAUCACGUAGUUAGGUAAAUAUUUGUAAAUUCCUAAGCAGAUACUGAGACAACUGGAUAAUGUACAGUAAGUUGCUUUUCUUUAAAACUUAAAGUGCUGAUUUUCAUGAGUAUUUUAUUCAUAGACUGAGUCACCAGCGACUUGUUUUGUAAAGAUGAUAGAGUUCAUAUCUUGUGUUAUUCCUGGAAUCUGCUGAAGUAUUUCUUCCAGUUUGAGGUUACUGCCUCAAGGUUUCAGAUGAACUGUACUUCCAAGUAUGACUUUACACAACUUUUGUAGUUCUGAUUUUAAACUCUCUGUUUCCUUUUCAAGAGUUCAAGUUCCUUCUUCAUGUUUCUGUGGUGUCAGUUGCAUAAUCUGUCAUUCUGCUGUCUUCUGUCUUUUUUUAAGCAAUAGAGGGUUUCACCAUAACAAACUUGUCUGUUUGGAUGUUAGCUCUCACUGUGACUUUAACUGUGGGAUUCCCACUCACACUUGGCAUGUUUAUACAUGUUUGUACAAUUGCAGACAGUUUCUGACUGUGUUAUGUUCUGGCCUGUCUUUGCAGAAGCUGCCCUGGAUGUCCUGUCUAUGUACAAUUCUGUUUGAUAAAGUUCUCUACAGCUUAGGUCAGGCCAAAUGGCUAACCAAUCAAACAUAACGAUGCCAAUAAUGGAAAAUGAAAUCGAUAUCUUCAUACAAUGUGCUCCUGGUAUGCUGAGUGGAGCCCAGCGCUGGACAGUGAAUGUCACUCUAUACCUGUCCAGUUUGUAUGACUUGUAACAUUUCAUUUCAAUUGGAAUUCAGAAGUACUUUAUUGAUCAAAAAGGAAAAUUACAUUUGAUCAUUUUCGGCUUUAACGCCUACUUUAUACUUAACCAAAUCUCAUUAAUUCUCAAGGUAAUGACUGAGGAGUUUUGGUCAGGUCAUAGAACUGGUAAACACAGCUGGGUGUUGCACAGAAGGGGAAAAACGUGCAGCACAACAAAGGAAAUGGUAGAUGGUCGAGAUGGUGAGGCCAGUGUGGAAAACCUUUUGCUUUCUCAGAGCAAUAAUGGGGGAACAACAUGCAUUGAACCAAAGCAUAAGAACAGGACAAGUCUACAGAAUUGUUUAUCCCACAAAGGAAAACGCAGCAAACUGAUUGCUACCUUCAUUGUCAUUCUCCUUAUAACUAUUGUGAUCAUCAUCUCUGUGGUUGUGUGCUGCGCGAACAAUGACGAUGAAGAUGAAAAAUUUGACCGAACAACGUUUAAUCUGCAACAGAAAUUUAAUGGGAGCUUCCAGAUGGAAAUUCCAUUUUCAAAUGAAACCCAAGGUCUCAAUGACAUCCAGGGAAAGCUGACCAAGCUCUACGAAUCCUCCCAUGCUCUGGGUCGUUUCUUCUCAAACGCAGAGACAUUUCACCUUGGGAGUGAGUCUGCUGUCGUGCAAUACAAGCUGACAUUUAUCUUUCCAGAAGAAGAGCUUAGAAACUCCACUCUUAGCAGAGAGAUUGUGUACAAUGUGUUCAGGCAGUUCCUUUAUGAUCAGAAUGAAGAAGAAUCUGGGACUAUGUUCAUUCUCCCAAGUUCCUUGAAAAUGCACACCAUGCAUUAAUCAGAUCUUGAAAAAUGAGUUCCUGUAAAACCACUAAAACCGGAUUUCCAGGAUGGGAAUUUUUUUUUUACGUAGUGGACUAGAGACAGUUAACUUGUCAGCUCUUGUUCACUGCACAGAGACACUGUCCAUGUGAAUGCUCUCACAUGACCAAAUAGCAUACACCACAUGGUUGCUAUACAUUUAUGAUUUUUAUGUACUGUAAUGUAGAUUUUGUUGUGUAUUGCCAUUGUUUUUAAGCUCCAAAGGUCUUUGUUAAAACCUCAGAUGUCAUAUAUUGAUGUAGCGGAAAUGAUGACCUGCUGUUAGAAGUGGGUACACACACUCCUUUGCAUACACGUUCAGUUUUCAAGCAGGCAUCAUUUGCAAACUGUAACUGGACUUGCCUUGAAACAUUUGCAUUAAAUGCAACAAACAUUAAAAUAUCCAGGUGCAGAGAGACAACGAGUUAUUUUAUUUGCCAAGUGAUGAACUUACUGACCUAAGUGUGAUUUAUAAUGUUAUUUUAAUCAUGUGUGCUUUGUGACAUAUAUUAAAUUUCAUUAAUUCUG